GCCUCCGUCGCCGUCAACAAGACCACCGCGCCCGUCAGCAGCACCACGCGACGGCCGACGGCGUCGUCGUCCAAAGCGCCCGAGGCGCCGCCCCACACGGCGGCGGCGGCGGCGGCGGCGGGGCCUGCGGCGGGGGCGGCGGGCGGGGCGCGGCCGGUGCUGACGCGCGAGCUGUACGUGGCGGGGCACGAGACGCCGCACCCCGAGCUGUGCCCGGCGCUGGGCGCGCGGCUGCGGCUCGUGCUGCUGGUGACGUCGGCGCCCGCCCACCGCGCCGCGCGCGACGCCAUCCGCCUCACGUGGGGGCACUUCGCGCAGCGCUCCGACGUGGCGCUCGGGUUCGUGCUCGGGGCGCCGCCCGCCGCGCUGCGGUCCGCCAUCGCCGCCGAGGACGCGCUGUACGGCGACGUGAUCGUCGGCCGCUCCGUCGACUCGUACUCGAACCUGACGCUGAAGACGCUGUCGAUGCUCGAGUGGAUGGACUCGUACUGCCCGCGCGCGCCGCGCCUGCUCAAGACGGACGACGACAUGUUCAUCAACGUGCCGCGCCUGCUGGAGUUCGCGGCGGCGCGCGCCAACGAGACGAUGACCAUCUGGGGCAAGGUGGUGCGGCGCUCGCUGCCCAAGCGCACCACGCGCUCCAAGUACUACGUGCCGCCGCUGCAGUUCCCGGGCAAGGUGUUCCCGGACUUCGCGACCGGGCCGGCGUACCUGCUGACGGCGGACGCGGUGCGGCCGCUGCUGGGCGCGGCGCCGGGCACGCCGUACCUGCGGCUGGAGGACGUGUUCGUGACGGGGCUGCUGGCGCAGCGGCUGGGCGUGCGGCGCCGCGCGGCCGCCGAGUUCUACAACAAGAAGGUGGCGCCGCACCCGUGCGCCGUGCAGCGCGGCGUGGCCAUCCACAUGGUGCGCUACCACGAGCAGUUCGACCUGUGGCGCAAGCUGCUCGACGGCAAGACCAAGUGCGCCAGCUAGCGCCCGCCGCGCGCCCACUGACGCGUGACGCCCGCCGCGUGCCAUACCCGACGCCCGCGCCACGCGUGACGCCCGACGCGUGCCAUACUGACCGCCGCGAGCGCGCGGGGGCCGGCGGCCUUUUCGUGUGCCUCGAACGUUCUCGUCGAUUUCGAUUCGAUCACUUUCGAAUGAAAUCGCAUUCGACCGGUUUCGUUUGCGCGACGCGGGAUUCUUUCCUACACGAGUAGGCUUUUAAACUGCGACUGCGAUUUUUUCUUGGACUUCGAUUGAAUCGACUUCGGGAGAACGAGUCGGCCCGCGCGCUCGCCUCUCGCUCGCGCGCGCCUCGCCUGACUGGCAGGAGCGGCCGUUCCCGGCGAUCAAGUUCCGAGAUUAAUAAGUUAGCAGGCAACUAGGACUCUUAUUUUACAUAAUUCAUAUUUUAUAAGUGUACACGGUUCGAGUGAUUUCAAAUUUUGGGCAUGCUAUUAUUUAAAGGUUUUUUGAUGGACAAGCACUUAAGUGAUACUAUAAUAUGUUUUUGAAAAAUAUUCAAAUGUGAAGUAUUUUUGCUAAUUGUUUUAGCUUCAUUUUAUUUUUGUCGAUCUUAAAUUUGGGAUUUACUUUUGUUCUCUCCUGCGAACCGCGGCAGCUGUGAUAGAAUACCUAGAGGUUAAUUAAGUUGUUUUAAGAGAUGUUUUAACUUUUGGCUUCUAUGGAAGUAGUGAUAACUUGUUUGAUUCAGAUGAACACUGAUGACCGUUUAUUUUGACUGGAGCAGCUCAUUUGACACAUGACUCAAAUUGAAAAAAUGUGGAAGAUGUGUAAAACUUUUCUGAUUACUCGAUCAUUCAUGACAAUAGUUGUAGUCUAUAUUUUCCUGUUAUUUUGUAGUUUUUAUGACCGCAGGCAGGUAGUUAUUCGGGAACGGCCGGCGACAUUGAAUACUCAUAAUAUUUUAUGUUACAUUAUUUUGUAAUAUUGUUUACUUUUGACAGCUAAGUAUCAGCCAGCUAAAUGUUUUUAUUUUUUAUGCCGAUUCUCGGAAUGAAAGUUUUUGUAUGUAUGUUUAUAUGAAACGUUACGUCCAUUGUUUAGGGAAGAUAUUAUUAUCAGAGCUACGUUUGAUUCUGUGAAGCAUUUUGUUGAUACAUUUUUUUACAUGUACCUAUUUAUGUAUGACUUUGUAAUGUGUAUUGAAUUUAAUUUGAAUUAAGUGACACUGAGUUUUUGAGUAUUGUUUAGCGUAUUAUUGCUAGUUUUGAGCGCUCGACACCUGUAACUCAGCUUGGAAAUAAGUUACAAUAUUGUAUACUGUAAGUAAGGUUGUACAUGAAACAAUGCCGUCUUUAAAAUUAUUCAAAUAUGAUAAUAUGAAAGUUGUUUCAUCUCAUCAAGUACAGUCGACGUAUUAUUUCAUUUACAACCAGAAUUUAAAAUGCGUAAUGAAUAAAUUUUAUUUGCUAUAUUUUUGUAACCGAAUUUAUACUCCGAUAUAUUAUUUUAUUUGCAAUAUUUUUGUAUCUCAACAUGGGCUUUAUUUCGAUGCGUUUAAGUUAGUCGUAAGCUAAUUUUGGGUAUUUUAAAAAUCCACAUACGCGUAUUCGUGCGCGUUCAAAGCGUGCAUCUCGGAGAAAUGUCGGUCUGCGAGGGCGGGGCCCGCGCGCUGAGCGACGGAGCAACCUCGGAAUUGUGAAUCUGUUGAAAACGUAAUUUAUUAUUAAGUUGUGCCAGACGGUUGUAAAUAUUGUAUUACUGAAAUAUAUUAUGUAUACAAACAA